UUUAAAUAUGACAUUCCACAGAGUGCACCUUAUAAAAACAUGCUGCACUUCCUUGUGCUUGGACAUUCCAGUAACAGGGAGAGAAAGAACGCCCAUGUGGAGGUAAGAAAGGGACACCAAUGACGAUACAAGAAAAAUUCAUAGCAUGACAAGACGCACAAUAGCAGGAUCCCUUUGGCUUUUGGAUUUUGGCUUUUCAACAUGAACGGGGCAAACUAUCAAGGAUUCAGCGCCACCACAGAUCCAAAUGAAAGGAGGAUUGUUCUAGUCGGGAAGACCGGAGUAGGGAAGAGCGCAGCGGGAAACACCAUUCUGGGCAGGGAAGCAUUCGAGUCGGAACUGUCUCCAGCUUCCCAGACGUCUGAGUGCCAGAAAGCCAAGGGGAAUGUCGGGGACCGAAAAGUGGCCGUCAUUGACACUCCAGGGUUGUUUGACACUAAUUUCAACCAAGAAGAAGUGUUGAAGAGGAUCAAGAUGUGCAUCUCUCUGUCUGCCCCUGGUCCUCAUGCCUUCCUGGUAGUUCUUCAGCUGGGCAGAUUUACCCAGGAGGAGAAGGAAACUGUCAAGAUGAUUCAGACCACUUUUGGUGAAGAUGCAGCUAAAUACACAAUGGUUUUGUUCACACAUGGAGAUCAGCUGAAGAAGCAAACCAUUGAGGGCUAUAUUUCUGAGAGUCCCGAGCUGAAAGCCCUCAUUCUGAAGUGCUACAGUCAAUACCAUGUCUUUAACAACGAAAUUAAAGACCCUGAUCAAACCAGUCAGCUCCUCGACAAAAUCGACAAGAUGACUAUGGCUAAUGGGGGAAGCUACUACACCAACGAAAUGUUUAUGAGAGCAGAGGCAGCCAUAGAGAAGGAGAAACAGCGAGUCCUGAAGGAGCUGGAAGCACAGAGGCAGAGGGAGCUGGACCAACUGAGAACCAAAUACACAGAGGAGGCCUACCACAGGGAGGAGAAGCGAGUGAUUAGGAGAUACAACUAUGAAGCCAGAGCUCGUGCUGAAAGGUCCAAUGAUUUUGUCGCUGCUCCGGUGAUGGUUAUAGCGACGACAUGUGGUGCUGUUGUCGGAGGUCUGCUCGGAGUUGUAGGAGGUCCAAUCGGUUUGGCAGUUGGAGCUGCAGCUGGAGCAGUUGUUGGAGCUACUGUUGGUGCAUUAUCACUCAGAGUCUCAGAGCGUUGCAGUGUUCAAUGAGGAAAGUAGAACAUACAGUUAAAGGUGCCGUAAGCGAAAUCUGCAUUUUGGCUAACUUCCUGUCCAUUAUUGCAGUUAGCAGUCCCCUUCUUCCUACUCGCAUCGCCACACUGAAAUUCUACUAUUCGCCCUGGAGGACCAUGUCUUUGUGGAAUUCUCUCUCCUGACUGGAUAAAGUGGGAACAGGAUGCCAGAAAAUAUAUUCUCUACUGCAGAAAGGACUGGGAGAGAAUAUAGAGCUAUUUAACACUUAUUUUAACUUAAAAAUAUUGCUUACAGCACUUUUCAAUUAUGUUUAUAUUUAAUUGUUUUCCAGGAAAAUUAUAUCCCUCUAGUCUUGCGUCAUCUUCAUUUGCUUCUUAGUGAAUGCUCAUAAUCACUUUUCGUUCACAAUUUGAAUAUUUUGUACCAGAGAUAGGUACACGGUAAAAAUUCAUACAGGGAUUUAGUAGAGUCAAUAUUUUCUCAUUUCCUUAACAUAAAUAUUUUAAUAUUUAAUUUUUGUUUUUAGAUGUUGUUUUCUGACUACUUCAGAACUUAAAAGAAAAUAACUAUAUACAUGAAUUAUUCUAACUUGAAGUCUUUUAACUCUAAAUCAUGAGUUUGACUUACACAAAUCAGCCAUAACAUUAUGACCACUGACAGGUGAAGUGAAUAACACUGAUUUCCCUGAUUAUCAUGGCUCCUGUCAGUGGGUGGGAUAUAUUAGGCAGGAAGUGAACAUUUUGUCCUCAAGUUGAUGUGUUAGAAGCAGGAAAAAUUUGAUUUGAGCAACUCUGACAAGGGACAAAUUGUGAUGGCUCGUCGACUGGAUUGGAGCAUCUCCAAAACUGCAGCUCUUGUAGGGUGUUCCGGGUCUGCAGUGGUCAGUACCUAUCAAAAGUGCUCCAAGGAAGGAGAAGGAGUGAACUGGAGACAGGGUCAUGAUGCACUUAGGGAGUGAAGGCUGGCCCGUCCAACAGAUGAGCUACUGUAGCUGAAACUGCUGAAGAGUUAAUGCUGGUUCUGAUAGAAAGCUGUCAGAGCACACAGUGCAGAGCAGUUUGUUGGUAUGUGGCUGCAGAACAUUCUGACCACCAGGGUGCGCAGGUGCUCAUAAUGUUAUGGCUGAUAAAUAAUGUUUCUAAAAAAACAUGAUUAGCAUGUAAGCAGACUUUCCAUCAUGCAUUGUUUAAAACUCUCCAGAGACCCUUCCUUUUUAUAUUUGAAGAAAACCAUAUAUGAUAGAAACCUGCUGUGCAUCUUUAAUACACUUUAAGUUAAGCCCUGGUUGUUUGUUUUCACAAAAAUGAAAACACUGCAAACAAUGAUUGAUAAACACUGCCUUACACUUGCGGUUUCACAUCAUUGUCUUUGUUGCCAAUAUUGGAACAACGUUGCUCCAACAGGACCAGCAGCUGUAUGUUCUUAAUGUGAAAUGAAAAGCUGACUGAGAAAAUAUAAAAAUAAAUCAAAUCUUCAAAUAAAGUUGAACCAGCUCAAAAUGAUUUACAGUGUAGAGCUAAUUGAAUUGUACUGCAUCUUUAACAGUGUCUUGACUGUAUAAUCUUUGCGUAAUAUAAUUGAAAUCAUAAUGUUUUUACCAGGAUGGAUUAUGACAGAAUAAUUAUACAUGUGUAGCAUCUGAAUAAAACAUGCAAAAUUGUAUACAA